CCCCAACGGACUUAUCUCCUACGGCAGACAGGUGUUUGGCAACGGGGAAGGGAGGCCACACGGGACGACACCGUGGUACAACUGCACCGUCUGCAGCUGACAGGAGGGCAGCGGGGGGACAGGCUGGAAGCCCCGGGAGGACGAGGAGAGGCGUGAGGAGGGCGGCUCCGGGGGUUGCAGGUACGUAGGACAGAGGGACGGUAAACGGAGAGGAAGACGUGGGCGGUGCAAGAAGAUGGCGGCGGGGAGGAGCCCCCCCGUGGGGCUGCCUGUGGAGGGCGGGCCGCUGCCGGAGAGGUGUGACCGCUUGGCGUGCCCAUAACGUGGCGCCACCUCCCCUCCGCUAUCAUCCUGGCCCUUCCACUGCUCCUGGCAGCGGGACCCCGGCCCCGAGCGAACUGAGCCCUGACUCGGCACCAUGCCAGCCGCCGCGCCGCCCCCGCUGCACCCCGCGGCGGGCUCCUGCUGCCCCUACGGCCGCUGCGCGGGACACGGAAGCAUGUUUGACCACACAUCUCACAGUGCAAGCUCAAAAGUAACAGAGAGGAAACUACACGGGACUUGUCUUCCAGUUGGUCGUGGAAACUGUGGAAAACAAUGUGUGAAUGCGAGCAGCUAUAGGUCUUCAUUUUUUAAUCCCCGGAAUGGUUUUCAUACAAUACAUUCAGAGCACAGUCCUGUGAAGCCAAGGAUUAUUACAGUGGUGAAACCCAGCGGGCAUACACUCAAAAAGAUAACCUUGCUUCUGAACAGGAGAUUUGUCCAGACCUUUGAGCAGCUGAUGGCUGACAUUUCAGAAGCUUUGGGAUUUCCAUGCUGGAAGAAUGACCACGUGAGAAAGCUUUACAAUCUGAGAGGCAGAGAAAUCCGAAGUGUUUCUGACUUCUUCAGGGAGGGCGAUGUGUUCAUAGCUAUGGGGAGGGAGCCCCUUACAUUGAAAAACUUGGAAGUGGCAAUACAAGAACUUUGUCCUGAAAAUCCUUAUGCUGCCAGUGCAAUUCAUCAGGAUAAGGAGCAGUCCCAAAAACUGAAGAGCAGGCUGUAUGACAAAGCAUCAAAAGUGGACAGUGGAUUUGAUGAGGCAGAGAUCGCCAAGAAUUGCGGUGAUGUUAUGUCUCCCAAAAUGGUAGCUAGAAAAAGUCAAGCCAAGACAAAGCAAGAAGAGAAAAUGAGAACCAAAAAAAAGUGGACUAGAGAGAGUUGGGAUGGUGAGCAAGGAGUGAGGCCUUCUAGAAAAAUCCGAGAAAGUGAGAGGUACCUUAAGCAAGAGAGGAGCCCUGAGAAGGGAUUAGAAGAGAUUACAGUGGAAGUAGUGAGGUGUGAGAAGUGUGAACAUGAAAGGCAGGCAAGGCAAAAGUUACGAAGGGAAAGGCAUGCUGAGACUUCAUUUGAGAACACAGACCUGGAUGCAGGUGCAUGUCAGAGGUAUCAGGUAGAAAGAAAUGCAAAAAUCAGGAAUAGCCGAAAAUCUUCUGAAAUUCCUCUGGAAGGUGAAGAAGUUGGCUGGAAAGAGAAUGGCUGCAGAAAGACCUGGAAACCUCUACAUAGGAAUGUUAAUGAACGGCUGGAAAAGCAAAAAAAGAGCAUUGAGAUAAAAAGAGAUCUGGAGAAACAUGAAAACCGCGAGAAAGAAGUGGUGAAAAUCAAGAAGAAUGCUGUGGAAGGGCUGCAAAUAACUCAUGAAGUGAAGGAAGAAAAUGGAAGUAGCUGUGUAACUAAUCAAAAUGGUUGGCUAACGAAAGACACUCCAAGGGAUGCUGAGAAACCAUCUAAAGUACAUAGGGACAGCAGAGAGGGUCAAAGGGCUAAAGAGGAGGGUGCCAGGAGAGAGGGAAAUAUCAUACACAGAGAGAAUGACGUGACUCGACGAGAGAAAACAGGAGAGCGUAGAAUGAAUAAAGAAGAAAACAAGGCUCCAGGAUUGGAAAACACAAGCCAGAGGCAUGCCAUUAAAAACAGAACUGAUGUGGAAAACCACUAUGAGAUUGGCAGGACUAUUGGGGAUGGGAAUUUUGCGGUGGUGAAGGAAUGUCGCCACUGCAACUCUAAUCAGAUCUAUGCCAUGAAAAUUGUGGAUAAAUCCAAGCUGAAGGGGAAAGAGGACAUGAUGGAAAGUGAAAUUCUGAUCAUUAGGAGUCUUUCUCAUCCCAAUAUAGUAAGCUUAAUUGAAGUGUAUGAGACAGAGGCUGAGAUCUACCUAAUCCUGGAGUAUGUCCCAGGAGGGGACUUAUUUGAUGCAAUCAUAGAAAGUGUGAAGUUCACAGAGCAUGAUGCUGCUGUCAUGAUCACUGACCUGUGUGAAGCCCUGGUGUAUAUUCACAGCAAGAACAUCGUCCACAGAGACCUCAAACCAGAGAACCUUUUGGUUCAGCAUAAUGCAGAUAAAUCUACUACACUGAAACUAGCAGAUUUUGGCCUUGCAAAGCUGGUUACAAAACCUAUAUUUACUGUGUGUGGAACACCAACAUAUGUUGCCCCUGAGAUACUUGCUGAGAAGGGCUAUGGGCUCGAAGUAGAUAUGUGGGCAACUGGUGUGAUCCUUUACAUUUUGCUCUGCGGUUUUCCCCCCUUUCGCAGUCAGGAACGUGAUCAAGAAGAGCUGUUUCAAAUCAUACAGCUGGGUCACUAUGAGUUCCUUUCCCCAUACUGGGACAAUAUUUCUGCAGCAGCAAAAGACCUCAUAACCAGGCUGUUGAUAGUGGAUCCCCAAAAGCGCUACACAGCACAGCAAGUACUUCAGCACCCUUGGAUCAGAACAGCUGGAAAAACUAAUGGCAGAAACUUGCAGAGGGAAGUAACAAUAAAUAUUGAGCGUCAUUUCCGGACCCAGCGCCGAAAGGAAGUUGUAGAUGAGGACACAUGAAGUCUCUUCAAGCUCAUCUAUUUGUCCCUUUUUAUUGAUUAACAAAUUAUUUGUUUUCUUUUGUAAAUGAAUUGAGCCUUCAGCGUAUAGAUUUUGCUGGCCAUCAUUAUGCCUCUCCUUGAUUCUAAAUAAGGAUAGAGAUCAUAUUUGCAUCCCCACCCUUGUGAUGUCACUUGGGAGUGUCUCUGACAGCAGUGGGUACUAGAUAUUUCCUGGAGGGUAUCCAUUAUUUUUCUUUAAAUACUGAUUUGAACUUUUACAUUAUAUAAUGUAUAUCUUUUUAGAUGGCAAAUGUUUGCUUCUGCGGCCAAUGUUAGUGGUGACUGAAAUGUGUUUUCUUGUCUCAUUUUGUAUGAUACCUUCAGGAGUUUUGCAUUUUGUUUUUUUAUAACGUUUUGUGUUUAUAACAUUGUCAAAAUGGCUGUCUGCAUACAUAUCCUGCACUAAUUCUUAAAUUAGCUUUUCACAAGUUCCUGCGAGCAGUGGAGAAGGUGAGGGAAUUAUUUUUGUGUGUGUGUAUAUAUAUAUGUAUGUAUAUAUUAUUUAGCUGUAGGAUAUGUUAAAUAAAAUGUAAGAUACUAUUUAUUAAGUUGUAAGGAAAGAAAAAUCGUUGUAGGUGAAAUGAGAUAUUUUAUGAUAUCUCCCUUGGCAACAUCUUUUCUUUGGAUGUUCUCAGGGACAGGGUAGUAGAAUGUACAAUGUUUCUGUUAAACUACCAUGGUUCUGUAUAAUAUGGUAGUUUUAUUUCUUUAUAAGAAGAGGUGGGAAGAUACCAUGGCUGAUACGGUUUCAAGGCUAGAAUAAUAACUUUGAAAACAUUUUUGUUCCUACUCUGGGAAGUAGGAAGUUAACAGUUCUAAGGAAACUAUUCCCAAAGGUAUACUUAUGGAAUGAUAACCCAAGCUUUUUUUUAUACUGAAUUUUUUAUUAGGAGCCAUCCACAUCCAUCUGUGACUCCCUCAUGCUGAUGGAGAAGAGAGAGCUGGAAAGCUCCUUCUGUAACUUAAGUUAGCCCUUACCUUUAUGGUUCCCCUCUCAUCAACAUCCUUCAGAGCUGAAUUGCUUUUGUACACCUGUCAGUGUAGUUUAGCAAACUUUUUUUUUUUAAAUGUUGCCUUCCUUGGGGUCUCUUUCCUUGAUUCUGUAAGAAUAGGCAAUGCAAUGAAGUUACAUUAAAGUUCAACUCAGGAAGAGCAACUUCUUGUUAGUUCAUGGGAAGGUCUCCCAGGGGACAUGUCAUAUGCUUCAUUGCUUAUGUUAUUUUUAAUUGGAUUGGAUGGAGUUUUAAAGAAAGCCUUUGGGGGGAAAAAUGCAGUCCUGAGAAGGGCCAUGACCUUAAAGAGCUUUUGAAUCUCAGAAAUUUUCUUUAAUCAAAUCCAAAAAGCACCCUAGUUGUCUGUUUUAUAAUGCUUUGUCCAUGAAUUACACGUGCUAGCAAAUAAUAUUCACAAUAAAAUUAUCAGUAGUAUUAACAUAAAGUUCAUAGCUUGUAGAAUUGAAUAAAGGUAUCUUGUAAUGAAAUGUCAGAAGCAUUUCAGAAUCAGUAGAACAUGUUCAUAACUAUAAGAAACAGGAUAUUAUUUUUGCUGAGUGCUAAAAUUGUGUGUGAAUUUUCUGAAUUACCAAAAAGAGUGUGGUACUGUCAGCAUGUUUCUGUGUCAAGCUGUGACAAUUUUUGCCUCAAAAAUGAUGUAUGGAAGUAGAAACAACUUGGCUCUUACAAGAGAAUUGCAUUUUCAGUUGAGUUGGCUUAUUUUAAUACAUAUUGGAUUAAGACUUGCUGUGGAAUCCAACAAUUUGUAAAACAAAUGAGUCAAAUCUUUACUGUAUGCCCAAGUGGCAUUUAUGAUAUGUCAUACCUCUGCUUUAGAGACUCUGAGUUAGGAAGACUCUUCCUGUUGAAGAAUAGAUUUAAGUGCUUUCCUAUGUGUAUCCUCAUAUUCUAAAUCUGUUACGUGGUCUUUGAAUACUAAUAAUAACUUCUCUGCUAAUUUAAGUCUGUCUCAGAUGUGGAAAAAUAGCUUCUGACUUGCAAUAUUAUAUUUUGUAAUUAUUUUUAAUAUAAUAGUUCAGGAAUAAAGUUUGAAGUGACAAAAAAAAACCAAAACAUUAUCAGCAAUGAAUCCAAUGGUAUGGAGUUUGCUAUGGGUUGCCUUGUUGCCUUUAAGAACAUGUCUACAGCCUUAAUCCUGGUA